ACCACGCUGCUGGUUCCUUGUGUGUUGAAACUACCAUCGGAUUGUACCUCCAACGACUGACUAUACGCCUGGCAAUUAACCGGGCAAGCCCAACUACUGUGCAUUGUAAAAGAGCAGGACAUCCCAUCCGUCAUAUAUCCCAUCACCCCGCCUUGCUUUUUCGUUUUCGUUGCCGCACCGCCAAUAUGUUUCGCUUCACCGAACUCGUCUUCAUCGCCGCUACAUGGUCGCUCGCGGCCGCACACACCGUUAUCGUCUACCCCCCGUGGCGCGGCGACAACAUCCACACAAACGGCACUGUUUCCCCCACCGACCCCAGCAUUCCCGAGGGCUCACUCGGCAUGAACUACCACAAUGACACCGGCACUUAUGGUUUCCCAUACGGCAUGCAAUGGAUGUAUCCUUGCGGCGGCAUGCCCAUGUCUCGCAACCGCACAAAAUGGCCCAUAGGCGGAGGCGCCGUAUCCAUCCAACCAGGCUGGUUCCCAGGCCACUCGCUCGCCCUCUUCUACAUCAACAUGGGCUAUGGCAACGAACCCUUGAACUACUCACACACCAUGCUGCCUGUUUUCCAAAUCGUCGGGCCCUCGAAUCAACAGUAUGCCGGACAGUUUUGUCUCCCGCAGGUGCCGCUGCCGGCGAAUUAUACGCCUAAAGUUGGGGAUAAUGCGACUAUUCAGGUUAUUGAGACGGCGCAGCAUGGGGCCGCCCUUUAUAAUUGCGCUGAUAUCACGUUUGCGGAACCGGAGGAUGUACCCGAGGUUAAUAGUUCGAAUUGCGUAAACACCACCGCUGAAGGUCAACAUAUUGGUUUUCAGGUCGUUUAUACGACUACCUCGUCGCCAGCGCCACAUACGCUGGUCAUCAACGGUUACGCAUCCAUACUCGUCCCGGCGAUGCUUGCGGCUGCGUCGUGGUUAACGUGGGUUGUUUAGCGUGAUUUGGAUUCGCUUUUUUUGGGACUGGAAACUUCUGUAUGGCGUUGGGCGCGCAAGAUAUCCGGUGUUAUUUGUGUUUUUCUUUUUGAAUCUUCUGUUGGUCAAGAUGAUGAUGAUGAAGCUCCGGUUGGAGUUUGUAUACAUGAAUGGGGGAUGGAGAGUGGUUUGGUCUAAUAGAACCAAAUGAUGUAUUGGGAGGACACGCCACGUUUAAUGCGUCCCAUACCGUCUACAGACGUCAUAUUCUGGAUAAAUAACAGACGCCAAUUUUCAACA